UGUGGAGCUCUGUACAUGUUACGUUGUUAACCUCUUGGCAGUUAGCGUGCUUUAUAAUGGCGUUUGCGUCGUGGUGUGAAUUCGCUGUCCCCAGUGUUUGGUGUUGAUGUGGGAUGAUCACUUUUAUCCAUCACCAUCACCUUGUAACCAGUGCCGUUGAAGAGGGAGAAAACAUCAAUCAACGUUACUGUACUUGAGUACAGUUUUGAGCAAAUGUCGGCGAUGUGGACGGCGAAGGUGCUCGGCCUGGCCGUGGUGGCUCUCCCUCUCGGCGUGGAGCUGCUCCUCCUGCUCCUCCGUCGCCUCAGGCCCGCGAGGACCCUCAACGAGGUCCUCUUCUUUCCCUCUGAGCUCGCCUGCGUUGAGCACAUCUUCACCUCCCUGUCGCCCCGGUCCUGUCUCUGCCCGCUGCCCCACAGCGUGGAGACCUCUCUGUCCCGUCUUCUCCGCCGCGUCCUGUCCGCCGCCUCCUCUCUGGACCUGUGUGUCUUCGCCUUCUCCAACAUGAACCUGAGCAGGGCCGUGCUGGCGCUGCACGCCCGGGGCGUCGUUGUCCGAAUCCUCAGCGACAGGGACUACGUCGCCAUUACUGGCUCCCAGAUAGGGGUCCUCCGCAGGGCCGGGAUCUGCGUGCGCUGCGACGCCACCUCCGUCCACAUGCAUCACAAGUUCGCGCUGGUGGACGGCCGGCGGCUCAUCACCGGCUCCCUUAACUGGACGCUGACGGCGGUGCAGAGCAACACAGAGAACGUCGUGGUCACCGAGGAGCCGGACCUGGUGCGACCCUUCGCCGAGGAGUUCCACAGGUUGUGGGAGCGCAACGACCCGGCCAGGUGCCUCCGCCGCCGCAAGUGACCCAAAAAUGGUAGGAGGUACGCAUGUUCGGUCUGGCCAGGCAGCCAGGCCCUAAAAAAAACAUCAUAAGAAUGUUAUCUUGUGAUCUUUAGAGGACCAAAAGUGACAAUGAUGAUGGGAAGUUUCAUGGCAAGUUUUGUUUUAAAUCAGAAGAGUCGUCUUAAUUUACCAGACAGAAUCAGUUCCAGUUUCAAUUCCUGUUUGAUUUAACUUCGUUUGGCACAGAUCUAACAUGUUUUUUUUAUUCAAGUUUAUAUUUUGUUUAUAUUGUGUCACGGGUUGACAUUCAUUCUAGUUGCAUUUUUUAAAAAGUUCUACCCUAACAUGAUAAAAUGUAUCUUAUUUCUUCAUGGUCAUAAUGUAAUACAUAUAUUACAUAAUAGUGUAUCUCCCUUAGUACUAUAGGGAUUAUCUAGCUAGUUAGGAA